GCGACCUCCGCAUACUGAGCGUUGGGUGAGGGCGCAGCAGAAGAAGCAGGAGGACGCGUAUAAAAUGUAGCUGCAGUUGGUCAGUUUGCUGAGGUGUGUUCUGGCGGCUCCAGGUGGAUUCAUGUCUGCACAGGUGACGGUGUUGUACUUUGCUAAGAGUGCGGAGCUGACCGGACUGAAGGAGGAGCCUGUUGCCGUGCCAACACCAAUCAGCAGCGGGGACCUCUGGGCCCUGUUGCUGCGGAAACAGCCCAGGCUGGUGGCCCUGCAGGGUCACGUGAUCCUGGCGGUGCGGCAGCGCUACGUGACCAUCGGCGAGCAGCAGGUGACUCUGGAGGACGGAGACGAGGUGGCCGUGGUGCCGCCGCUGAGCGGAGGCUAGAAGAAGAGACGGUGAGGCGUGUGGACCACGACUGACCCGUGACGUCUCUUCAGACAUGUCCGAGGAGCCCAGAGACGUCUUCAGGCUGAGCCCUGAUUGGCUGUCCGUCCAGGAAGUGGUGGACGCUGUC